UCUUUGGCUAUUUUCAGAUGGCCUCGGGAAAGAGAGGCAACGCCGCCUCUCAGAGGAAGGCAAAAAAGGAGAGAACUCAGAGAAGAACUGCAAAGAGCAAGCUAAGCAUGAAGCUGCUGGUGGACACCAAGGCGCAGCGCGUGCUGUACGCCGAGGCCGGCAAGGAAGUCGUCGACUUCCUCUUCUCCGUCCUCGCCUUGCCGCUCGGCAGAGUGGCCGGCCUCCUCCACACCCAGGCCGGCUCCAUGUCCGGCAGCGUCGGAAACCUCUACGAGAGCGUCCACGAGCUCGACGGUUCUUACAUGUGCCGCGACGACGCCAAGGCCGCCCUGGUCACGCCACCGGCCGGUGGCAAGCUCCACCAGCUGGUGCCAGGCCCCGGGUUCGUGCAGGGGGUCUUGACGUACACGGUCAUGGAUGACCUGAAGGUCGCGCCCAUGUCCAGCAUCUCCGCCGUCACCCUCCUCAACUCGUUCGGCAUCACCAACAUCGCCUCGCUCCAGGAGAAGACUGUUGAACUUGGCCACGUCGAGCGUUUGGGGAUACUGAGGGCGUCGCUGCGAUCGAAGAAGGUGCUCACGGACGUCUUCCUCGGGAAGAAGAACAAGAAACGGAAAGCCAAGGACGCGUUCCGCCAUGAAGCUGCCACUCGAGUUGUCAGGAGAAUUGCUGCUUGGCCUGGGCCAUGGCGCCCGUGGCACGUGAGCUCUCGGCCCUGCGCUGCUUGUUGUUUUCGCCGUGCUAGCUUCACGGCUUGCGAACGCGUGUUCCGCCACCGUGCCGGAAUUGUUCCUGGCUGGCGCAAGUAGCUAGUCACUUCUUCCUUUCGGUCAUUGUUGGCUCGAUGCUUUUGCAGAGUUGUGUGGUGUUGUCUCCAGUGAAGUUUGUAUCCGUCUCCGGUUUAUCUUACUCCUUGAUUUAUAU